AUGUCCACCUCUGAGCAGACACCGGCGCCCUCCCAACAACAACAGCAGCAGCAGAGGGUGCGCAAGCCGCCGUUUGCUGACUGGCCCACUAUCAAGAUUCUAACACCACCGCAGGGUCGCUUCUCUCCGAAGACCGACGAAUGGUGCUUCACCUACUGCUCACAGAGUGUCAGUGGUAGGUUCCAUGGCAAGGAACCGAGUUGCCGUUCAGUCUGUCUGCGCAGGGUGUUUCCACAUGAAGUACGAAACAUCUUAUCGUUCCACCGACAUAAUGAGGUCGGACCAGAUGGAAAGGCGAAAUAUCCUCUACCGGUUGAAGGGCAGCCAAGCAACCUGCCCCGUAUACUAGGUGGAACACCCAAGAAUGAUUCCGACGAUCAACCUUCCAGUACCUCUGCUUCACCCAUAAAACAUUGGGACGAAGGUUGGUAUGUUUGGACCGGAAAGGGAAAAUGGACAGUUUUGCAGAAGACGGAGGAAAUGAUGUUGGAUUUCCAGCGACAGCGACAGCUGGAGCAGAUACGCCAGAAGAGGAAAGAUAUGUGGCUAGAGCAACAAGAUCAGAUGAAGCAGAAUGGGGGCGAAUUAGUCGGUGAGCAGAGGCCUCGUGGACCUCCUUGGUGGACCCCCUUGGUUCCACCCAAAUCUGUAGAAGAUACUAGUUCACUUUCACUCCUGGUUCCUUUGCCACCCGACUUCCCUCCGCUUUUGGACAAGAUCAAGAAAUUCCUUGAGCCUUCGCAGAAAGUCCUGAAUAUAUUCUACGAGAGCAUAUCAUCCGGAGAACAGAAACAAUUUGCUUUACGGGUAUGGGAGAAAGCGAAGACCGACGAACCAUUCAUUCUAGCACAACGGACUUGCUCUCAUGUUUAUGAACAGUGGAAGAAACAUUCUGUUGCCGAGGAAGACGACGGAAAGAAAGGAUCGCCAUAA